AUGCCAGAGAUUACGUUCGUGUUUGGUCCGCGCAAUAGCUUUUUCUUCGACUGUCGCCAAACAUGGAAGUUCCACGAGAUACCGCAGACGCUGCGCCAGUUGUUCAAGAGCUCUAUGAGCAAUCCAUGGAGAGUCGCAAGCCCUUACUGUCUCGCGCUUGCUCCUCAGGGAGACUCUCCGGAGCCGAUUUGGUAUAUCGGGUGUAAGACGUUGGAUGGGGAGGACAAGCUCUUCCACUCACGGACCUACUUCGAUCUCAACUAUCCCGAUCUCGCGCAGUGGCUAAAGUCGUUCCCGAAUGCAGCCAGCUUGUGCUUCGUCACCUUCGGCCAGAAGUUCAGCUACUUCGCGUGCGCACCCGGACAGGGCUCGAUAUGGGCUGCUAUACCUUCAGGUCUCGAGGAUAGAGUGAAGAAGUCGCUGGUUACGCCGACUUGUGUUGGCCUUGGGAUGAAAGAUGCCUGGUUCGUUCUGUUUGCGGAUGGGCAUCUGGCAUGGAACUUCAACGGCUAUUACACCGGAUUGAACAAGAUCUUGAUGGAAUCUGCGCCGGGUGCCGUCAGUUAUGUCGCCAUAUCGCCGUACAACAAGCAGCACUACUUCAUCGCCUUCACAGACCGCCGCGUCAACUACAAUUUCCAGGGAGGCCCUUCGGAAUGGACGCGACUCAUGAAUCAAGUCUUCGAGUUAUGGGCCGCUGAAAGCAAACGAUUGCAAACUGCCAACGCGCCACGUUGGCAUCAGCCGCAGGUACAACCGUAUGUGCAUGCGCAACCAUCGCCAGCGCAAACAUAUCUUCACCCGCAGUCGACACACAUCGUCAGUGCUUCUCGACUACCAAUGGCCAUGCCGGUGUCGCCAACCUCAGUGCCGAGUACGCCGGCGCCGAUGUACGUCAGCCCUGUGCAACAGAACGCCGUGCCAAACAUCGCGCCCGUGGAGAAGACGCCGGAGUAUGGUGUUGUCGAUGUACCAGUAGAGCUUCCUGGACAAGCAAUGUUUUCCCCGGCAUAUACGAUGGCGAGUGUACCAGAGAAAGAACCAGCGAAGAAGAGGAGAAGCUUCUUGUCCAAGCUGUUCUAG